AUGGAUCCUACGCCAGACGAACUACGACAUGCAUCGAAUCGGUCGAACAAUGGUUUGCGAACCGAUUCGAAUCGAUCGAACAAUGGCACGCGAGGUGCAUUGCGAAAUUUCGGAAGUGCUCUUCGGGCAAGGUUGUCUGCGGCACCCGCUCUAUCACGAAUAGUCUCAGGAAAAACUACUUUGAGUGCUCCGUCGGAUCGAGUCAUUACCCGACUGUUUAAUGAUCUUUUUCAUGAACCAAUAUCAGAUCAACAUCAGAAAUACUUUAGAAAAUACUUUGGUUCAGAUAUUAGCACAAAAACUUUUAAUAUUCAAGACUUCGGUCGUAUGUUUCAAAUGAAGAAAAUGCUCAGUCAGCGUCUAUUAACUGUGUUCAAUCUGCAAUCAUCAGUGCAAGCCGAUCAGAUCUUGGGUAGUGAUAUUAUUCGUAUAGCUCGUGUACUUUGGAGUUCCCCUACAUCUGUGAAAGCGCUGAUAUUAUUCAAAUUAUUUGAUGAAGACAGUGACAAUAAUGUAACAAUAGACGAAAUUCGUUCAUUCUAUGAAAAAUAUUCCUCAGAAUUCAAUUUUUUCAAAGACGAUGAACAUCACAAAGAGGUUAUCAACAUAUUUCUACGUGGCUUAUUUCCAAUCAAUGACGAAGAUGUACAACAAGAGUCACUAACCUUUGACGAAUUCUACAGCACUCUCCGACACAAUCCUGACGUUUUCAAAUCACUUUAUCUCAUUAGUAUUCCUGAUCAAGACAAAGAAGAAGAAAAAGAAUUUACCUUCUCCCAACGUUGGUGGCUGUACAUAAAGAAUAACAGCAAUCGUCUUGCUUUUCUCGCCAUUUAUAUCCUGAUCCAAAUCGCAUUGAUUAUCUACGUGUGUAUCUAUCGAACUGUUAUCAUUCAAAACACAUCUGUCUGGCGAGUGAUCGCCCGCGUGGGCGGAAUGUUAGUUAAUUUCAACUUCGUCGUUGCUGUUAUUCUCAUGCUUAAACAAUUGAUGACGUUCAUACGGAAAAUUGACUUUCUUCGUUCAAUUGUGCCAGUUGACGAUCACAUUGAUGCACAUCGACUGGUCGGUGGAAUGAUGUUCGUGUCUUCAAUGGUACAUGCUUUUGGUCACACGGUUCAUUUUGCUACGCAUACGGAUGAACAAACAUGGGCACAAUCGAUGUUCACAACAGCAGCAGGAAUAGGUUGGGUGGGUCAAGCUGCUACGAUUACUGGUGAUAUUUUAUUUGUUUUUAUGAUCAUUAUGUUCGUUUGUGCUUUGCAAUGUAUCCGACAACGAACUGGUUUCUAUCGCCUCUUUCAAUAUACGCAUCUUUUGUUUUGGCCAAUAUUUAUUCUGAUGGUUCUUCACGCGCCAGACUUUUGGAAAUGGGCUAUUGGGCCAAUGAUACUAUUUGUCCUAGAGAAAAUUUAUCUACUCAAACGCUACUCGACAAAAUAUGGUCGAACUCGUUUGAAAUCAAUUCGUAUUGAAGAUAAGAAUGUUUUAACAUUGAUCAUCGAACGACCAGAACGUCUUGAAUUUCGAACCGGUAGUUACAUCAAUGUUUGUUUACCAUCGAUUACAAAAAUCGAAUGGCAUCCAUUUACAAUCUCCAGUGCACCUGAACGAAGGGAUACUAUUCGUUUGAAUAUAAUGAAGAAAAAAAAUUGGACUAGAAAAGUUUACGAGCACUUCGAUAAGCGCAUAAGUCUUACUACUUAUCCAAAUCAAUUAACAGAUAUUGCAGUUGUCACCAAUAACGAACAGACUGUCGACACUGCCAGAGAACUCGUAUUUGAAGCAAAAGAUCCGGAUGCAGUUAUUUGGGUAGAAGGUCCAUUUAGUACUUGUACGUCGUACAUCUUUGAUCAUGAGCAUGUUGUUUUAAUUGGUGCUGGUAUUGGAGUGACACCUUCGAUCAGUGCUUUAGAUAGUUUAAUUCAACGGUUACAAAAGGAAAGGUGUGUUUGUCCUAAUUGCAGUACACUCAGUUAUAAUCAUGAACGGCUAAAUAGUCAAAAACUGAAAAAAAUCGAUUUUGUUUGGAUUAAUCGUGAAAUUGGGAACUUCUCAUGGUUUCUCGAUAUUCUCGGUGAAUUUGAAGCCGAACAAGAAAAAUACUUGAGUACUCUUACAACAUCAUCAAGUUCCAGUCAACAAGCACCGAAAAGAUACCUCGACUUUCAUUUAUAUUGUACAUCGUUACGAAAGAAUGAACGUGCGAUGCUCGAUCAACUUCCAUACGACCUUGUUGCGAAUAUGUACGCGGCAAUGCAACGACGAGAUAUGCAUACAAAAUUGAAAGCACCAACACAUGUCGGACGACCACCAUGGAAAUUGUUAUUUUCGAAAUUUAAAGCAGAGCAGAAAUCAACGGCGGUGUUUUUUACAGGAAAUACAAUGAUGGCAGGUGAAAUCAAACAACACUGUGACGAAUUAGGAUUCGCUUUUCAACAUGAGCCUGGAUUUUAA